UAUAACCAGUGAUACCUUCUCCAUUCCAAAAGUUCGUUGCUGCCGGACCUUAAAGCCCGGUAGAUUCGACUCCAUCGUCUUGAUUGUUGUCUCACUAUUUUUGUGGAUAUUGUAGUUAUUUUCAUGUCUUCAUAUCUUAACAAAUAUUUCCUAAUCCGGUGACAAAGAAAUAGUGUUCCUGGGGGAGUUUUUUCGACAUGUCAGCUAAUUUUAUGUAUUCCAAUACUGCAUUAUCUUCCCUCAUACCGCAUCAGCAGCAACAGCACAUAGUUACUCAACGUAGUCGGUCGGCUUCAACGUCUAACGCUGGACCAAAUGUUCACACACAAUAUCAAGUUGCUCUCUCACAGCCUUAUCAAAACCUUGGCCCUAUGGAUGGGUCGUGGACUCAGACGCAAGGCAUGUAUGUUAAUGGCUUAAAUAAAAUGAUUAAUGUAUUUCCUGGGCAAAACAUGACAGAUAUGGAACAAACACCAAUCAGUCAGUCAAAUGAGAAUUAUAAAUAUGCACCCAACGUCAAAAUAAAUGAAUUAAAUGCAAGAUCGUGUGCCCAUUCUUUUCAACCAUCAAACGGAAAUGCUGGUGGUAAUCAUGGAUCGAUUACUCUUGGAGCCCAACAAGUUCAUUUUGCCGUGGCGGCUACUCCCAAUGGUUUAGUUCAGCCACAUACAGGCCUACAAAAUCCAUCUACAUCAAUACGCUCUGAACAAACUGGUGUCCUUCAUCCAAACUCUCAACAUCCAUCUGGCUCUUUAGGUCAACCAUUUCUUAUUCCAGGAAUUGUAGGGCAACCGACUAUAAGAACAUUGACACAGGAUAACCUGUCUCCAGCAUACAGAGAAUCUGGUUCCACUCAACCACUUCUAACAUCUGGUUCAAAGCAGGUAAAUAAUCUUAACAAUACGAACACUGCACGUGACCUUCACCCUCGAAUUCUUGACGUUAAUGUAUCAAUGAACCAAUCAGCCUACGUCCCAUCUGUCCCAGUUCAACAACAUCCCGUUGUCUCACACCAUCAACUAUACACGAGUCCUACACUUCAGCCACCGUCGUUACAUGGGAUGGUAGAGUAUGUUCAAGCCGUCUAUCCUACUAAUCCAAAUGUUCAUGUUCCAUAUACACAGCAAUCUGCAGCCUUGUUUGGGCACUAUCCUGCGCAAAUAAACGCUGGAUUCGAUUCAACAAUAAAUACAAACUUUAAUUCACGUAUACGCCACAACACUUGGGCUGGUCUCGAAGAUAAUAUGUCCUCUGCUGUGAAUCACGAUUCAUCUGUUAGGAAAAUAAAAAACGAAAAGGUUUUAGUUCCAAAUGACUUCCCAUCUACAGUCAACGAAUAUAAUUUGAACUCCCAUGGUUCAUUUACUCAAUAUACAGCCAAUCCAUAUUUUUCUGGUUUUAAUCAGUCAUCUUUUUACCAAACAGAUGGUCAAAAGCCAGAUAUCUCUAAAUUACCUGGUUCAGUUACAUUCCAACAUGGCGAAACACAAAAACAUCCAUGCAGUUAUCAAAAUCCCGCUUCUUUACAAUUUAAUUCUUCCUCAUCUAUGACCAACAAAGUAGAUUUUCCCAGUAAUGAUGUUUCAUAUAUGACUUCUGUUCCAGUAGGUCAGUUGCCUUCAAGAUCGAACUAUCAGGUUCACAAUAGUUCAUACUUAUCAUCAGUUCCAUCUUGUAUACCCGUUCAAAGCAAUAAUAACUAUAUUGGCAGCAAUAACAACCAUACUGUCUCUUCGCAUGCUUAUGUUUUUAAUUCUGAUAAUUCAAAAACACUACAACAAUCAGCUUAUCCCGUAAAAGAUAAUUAUCCGCGCAUAAGUCACAAGCCUCGUGAGUGGAAUAAAUCUAAAGAUGCAAUCAAUUAUAAACCUCCAUCAAGUUCUAAUCACUCUCGUUUAAACAAUACAAAAUCAAAAAACGUAAUUAAGAAUUUCUCUUCAGACAAACAAGCUGGUCUUAAUGACCGUAAACCUAAUUCUAGUUCGAUAAAUGAUAGGUUAACACAAACGGAAAAAAACACUAACUCUUUUACUGUUCAAACAACGUCGAGUUUCGUAUCCUCAGGUAGUCAAGGUCUCAUAUCUUCCUUAUCUGCAACUAACCAGGACUUUAAUUCAAACCACCAGCUGAAUACAAAAAGCACCCAUUUCGACUAUCCACAGUUCUAUACAAAUGUUUAUGGGACGGUAAACCAGACUAAUGAGCAAUGUGUUGGAGGACCACCAAAGCAUUUGCAAAAUUAUCAAUCAUCUCUUGCCAAUAAUAACGUACUGUCUAAUUAUGUUCAAGGUCUUCCUGAAAAUCUGAUAGGUAGUUUGAAAUUAAGUGGUUUUCGCUUGGUUCUUGAUUCAUGUCCAACAAGAUUGUUACUUAGCACAUCAUUAGUUGGUUCGAUUAUUGGUCGAGGUGGUCGAACUAUUCGUCAGAUUACAACAAAAACGGGGGCUAAAAUAGGGAUGAAACAGGAUAUUAUCACGUUUUCACAGUUCUCUUUGCCUGGGAAAGGAAAAAAGACAUUCAAGUCAUCUGAUUCUGUCAGUACCAAUCAAGUUGCAAGUACUAAUCACUUUAGAGAGGAAGAAGAAGGGGAAAAAGAAGAAACAAGUCAACUGUCUGACAAUAAAGAUGCUUUUACAAAUGUUAAUGGCAAUACAAAGGUUGAUCAAGCACCAGAAACAUGUUCAAAUAUCAAUACUGAAUCUAUAUUAGCUAAUAAAUCUCAAUCCAACUUAGAGGUUCAAUCAGACGAGAGUCAGCUUGCUAUUCUUUUCGGAUCAAGGGAACAAUGUUCAGCGGCAUUAUGUGAAAUUCUUACAAUAUGUUUCCGUGAAUCUAAACAUCGUGGCUUCUCUGAUCCUUGCUUAGGUCUACUUGUUGAACAGCAUAUUUAUGCACAACUGAUAAUGAAUAAAGGGAAAAAAUAUUUCAAUGCUAUUCAUACUGCUACAGGCGCACGCAUAUCAGUAACGGGAACACCACUUCAAAUUCGUUCUUCUAAUGACGUUGAACAAUCCAAUUUAGCUCCUACCGACAGAGUAUUAGUUGUUCGUGGUCAAUUACAUUCUAUUUGUGCAGCUGAAGCAUUUCUCAGUGAACAAAUUCGAUGGGCAACAAUUGAAUCGUCUAUUCCAUCUAAUUUUUGGCCUUUACUCAAUCAUCUUCCUUCUCUUCCAGUGAAUAGUAAUAAUAGAUCAUCGAAAUCUUCCAAUUUAUCGUUUAGUUAUGAUCCACAAUCAGUAUGUUCAUUAAUUAUGUCAUUGGGAUCUAUAUUUUGGCCUCAGUCUGUAUGUGCUAAACUUGGAAAAAAUACUAAUUUUCAAUAUUAUAACAAACGAUCUUUAGUGCGAAGUAUGAAUACUCCAAAAAGUGAUAUUACAUUAUCUAAAAACAUUGAAAAUAAUAAUCUCAACUCAACAAAUAUAGUAAAUGUUGAUGAUGAAAACGACACAAAUAAACAAGAACAAGACAAAAGUAUAAAUGAUAAUACUGACAACUUAGAAACUAUUGAUGACGAUGAUGAGAAAAGUAAGAUCAACCCCAAAACAAAAGAGAAUAUUGACAAUACAUUUGAUCACUCAUCAAUUAACAUUGAAUUGUCGGUUGAUGAUGAUAAUGAUGAUGACGGUGAUGAAGAAGGAGAGGAUCAGGAAGCAAUACACAAUAAAACUAUUGAUAGUGUUGUAUCAUCUGAUUUUGAACAAGACAAAAAUGAAUCCACUGUUGUUUUAGAAAUGUCUAGCGAGAAUAAAGAAACAGAAUUGCAAUCGCCAUCUAAUAAUUGUAUUGAUUCGGAUAUGCAAAAAUCGGAUAAACUAGAUCAAUUAAAAUCUGACCAAUGUGCAUUUGAACGCUUAGCUCGUUCAACAAACCCUAAAGAAACUAACCUUACUAUGGUGACCGCUGUUCAGCAGUCAUUAAUUGCAGCUGUAGGUCCAAUAGCUUGGUUAGCUACCGGUGGUAUGCUUUAUAUGCGUGUUUCGUACAACGAAGCUGGUGCAUUGAUUGGGUCGGAAGGGUCUCGAAUCCAACAACUUAUGCAAGUUACAGGAGCUGAAAUACAUGUCGGCAAGGUUCCAAUAAGUCCACCUUAUGCAUUAAAUCCAAUUACUAAACGUACUUAUUCAAAUAAUAAUGUUAUACUAUCUAAUGAAAAAUCACCAACAUGUAUAUCUCUUGUUGACUCUUUCUUUAAUGAUACUGUCACUGGUAUAAACUGUGAUUCUUCAUCUAUUGUUAACAGUAAAAUUGAUCAAUCAUUAUCUAAAUCCAAUAAUGAUAAUGAUGACAAUACUGAUAUUAAUCAAUCUAUAAAUAUUAUAAAUGAUAAAUUAUUAUCUUCAAUGGAUAUCAAUGAUGAAAAUAAUGAUGAUGAUGAUUCUACUAAACAACAAUCCAAUAAACUUAUUAACAAUGAUGUUGAUGAAGAAAACAUUUGUACAAAUAAAUUGUCUAUUGUAGACAAUAAUGAUAAUGGAAUGAAUGUCACAAUAAAAGAAUGUACAGAAGUGAUUUCUUCACUGAAUAAUGAUACUCAUAGUAAUGAUAAUAAAAAUAUUAUCAAUGAUGUUCCAGUUAAUCAAACAUCAGAUACUAUAUCUAAUUGUUGUAAUCAUCAUCAUCCUCUAGUGAAAAGUUCUUCAACACAUUCAAAUUGUACGAUUGCUGAAAAAAUUUCAGAUAAUCAAAUAUUGGAAUCUAUGGAACAAAAAACUUCCAAUACAUUGCUAUCAUCAACAUCAAAUCAAUCAUAUCGUUUAGUUAGUUUGUCUGGUUCAGCUCAAUCACAAAUUAUGGCUCAAUGGCAAAUAUUUCAACGUCUUAAAAAUUUACAUAAACGUCAGAUGACCACUGGGUCUUCUUCAUCAAAUGAUAAUUCAAGUCAGAAAUUAUUUUGUUUAGCCACUUUAAUAUGUCUACCGUAUCGAUUUCUCUGGUGGCUUACAACUCAUAAUCCUGGAUUCAUAGAAACAUCUCAAUCAUCCUCCAUUCUUACAUCAACUGUCUUCUCAAAGUCCGAUGACUCUGGUAAUACUAAUAAUAACAAUAAAUCUGGAACGUCUCCAUUGAAUUGGAUUCAAUCAUUAGCUAGUAGACGUUUAAAUGCAAAUUUAUCAUCAAAUGAUUCAGUUAAAAAAUUCAUUCAUGUACUACCUGAGCCUAGACGACGUAAACGUUUAGUUCAACAACAACUUAAACGGAUCAAUGCUACUCUACGUGGCCAACAACAACAAUUAAACUAUACUGGUGGUAAUUGUUUAUCUAAAUCACUUAUUUUACCACCAAGAGGAUUAACUAAUGAUGGUUUAGAUCAGUUGUGGGCUCAUCCUAAUCGUAUACCAUUAGAAAUAUAUGCUGACUUUGAUACUACACAACUUAUUUUAACAAAUCUGCAUCAUAUGUUAGCCUUAUGGUUAUAUGGACAAUCUCUUGCUGGCACCUCUGUUCAAUCGUUUAUUCAAGCUCCAAUCGUAUAUGUACUGCCCAAUGGACGUCCAGCUAAUAUGUCAACCUCGGAUUCAGCUAACAGUCGAUCAUAUUCUAAGUCUAAUCGACAUAAUACAGAUCAACCUGAUUAUUGGACACUUAUGCCCGGUCGUCAAGAUGCUUUUUUAAAUUCUCUGAGACAACCAUUUCAUAUACCAUUGUUGCCUGGAGGUAUUCCGAAUUUUGGAUCCUCCACUACAGGUCCCCCUAACUACUCAACACCAAUGCUCCCAGACCGUUCAAAUUGCACAAAUCUCGCUCAACCUUUUUUCUAUCCUCGAUAUCCCUUGAUAAAUUGGCAUGGAAUAGCCAAUAGCAAAUACUCAGGACAGACGAUGAUAUCAGACCCCACCGCGACGAGGCCUGUGCGCAUUGGACCUCCAACAUUGUAUGAUUGUUGGCCACGUGGACGUUUCAGUGAUACAGUUGAUGACAAGCACAAUAUUGAAAUAGAUCAAUCCUCUUCACAAUCUACACGAUUUCCAUCAGCUGGUACUGGUUACACGUUUAUCACUAACCUACCUUUCCAACCACCGGCACGUCCACCUACAAGUUUAAAUCAUGUUCACACAUCUACUCAUUCACAAGUUGUUCCUGGUUCCUGUUAUCGUGGUUCAUCUAUUUCAUCACAUCCUAAUAAAUUUAGAUUUCGUAAUCCAUGCAGUGGUGGAAAUCAUUCAGUGGAACCAUUUAUUAUAAAUAGUAUGCCUUUAUUGGAUACACCAAAUCAAAUUAAUCAUCAUUCAAAUUUUGUUCACAGUUCAAAACAAACAAAUCAUACUACAAUAAAUGGGGAUAAAAAUCAAGGAAUACGCACAAAGCAGAAUUUACAAGAAUCACGGCGGAACAAAGAAGAUUUAGUUGUUGGUGGUGAUAGCUAGAUGUGAUCAGACAGUAUCUCCCCCCCCCCAAUAUCUUUCUCAUAAUUAUUUGUUUUUUUGUUAAUUUUCAUCUUUGCUCACUCUCACACUCUCAUCUUAUAAUCAUGAUUGUGAGUAAAUAAAAAUCAAGCAAACCUUCUGUGAAUAAACACACACACAUACACAAUCAUUAGUACUUUUUGUUAUCAUUUUGAUUCACUAGUCUUUUUUGUUGUUGUUGUUGUUCUUCUUCUCUCAAUAGUGAAUUUCCAACAUUUUGUAAUUCAUCUUAUUUUUUAAUGUUCUGCCACCCCCUCUUUCACCUUGAUUUAAUAUAAUCCCUAUCUUCUUUAACAUUUGUUUGUUUUUGUAAAUCUUAUCGAACCCUGUUGCCACCCCCCUUAGCUCUAUUCGUGUUUUUUUUUAAUCCUUAGUUUUAUUCUCUUCAUUCUCAAAUUGUAUGUGCGUGAAAUGCGCUUGUUUUUGUGAUUGGAUAAAGUGUUCAUCUGUAAGUAGUUGGAUAAUAAUCAUCUAUAAUAAUCAUGAGAAUUUCUUAAUAUGUAAUUUCACUUUACUCUCUUUGUCCUAUAUAUAUAUAUAUAUCUCUCGUUCUUAGUAUCAUGUAUACUGGUUUCCUUACUUAUCACUUCGUUUCUCCAUAGCCUACUCUUUGUUACAUAUAUUUUUAUGUGUUUUAUUUUAUCCUUAUUGUUCUGCUCAAUUUUCGCCUAGUAGUUCUCUUAUGUGUGGUUCACUUCAUUUCUCUUUCCUUUCUUUCUCUGUCUGAACUCGAAAAAAUCAUGAUGUGUAGAAGAUGAUGAUUAUGAUUGUGUUGGUUAAUAGACGACCGAGACAUUAAUUUUAUGUGUUCGAAUAGAAGAAAAUGGUUAUGUGUUUGUAUAUUUACACAUGAAACAUGAUUUACUCUUUACUACCUUCCCCCUCUACUCUAUCCAUCGUUCUAAAUUGUUCUUCCCUGUGUGUAAACAACUAAUUUUCUUUGUUGUAACUCACUUCAUCUUUAAACUUCAAUUCUUCGCUUUUUGUUAACCAUACCUUUAGUUCUAUUCGUUUCUUAUUCAUUUUUUUUCAAACUCUUUCUUUCCAUAGGAAUAAAAAACAAAACAAAUUAAGCUCAAAUUACAUUUAAUUGUAGAUCAACCAAUAAUUUCUCCGCUCGCAUGUGCAGCUAACAACAAAGACAACACCCCUGUUCUCUCGUAACUAAUAUAACUUAGUAGGUAAUUACAUUUUCUUGUUAUCAACUCUUCGUUGCUCACUACUACUACUAAUUGGUCAACAAUAAUAAAAUCGUACAAUGAAUAAAUCAGUGUGUUAAUCAAGAAAUGAUUAUGAUUGUUUCACCCCUUUCAUCUCAUUUAAUUUGUGAUUAUACUAUAGGUGUUUUCAUCAUUCUUACUAUGGUUGUGUAUUUGUCGGUUUAUGUGUUAUGUAAGAGACCUCCCGGUGUUGUCUUUCACAUAUUUAUACGAGCGUACUACUACCACCACUUUGAAAGGGGGAGAGAGAGAGAAAAAAGAACCGUAAACACACUUAUGUACAUUUAUUUGUGCCUUGAGAAAAGAAGAAAUAAAGGUUGUCACUAAGUGAAAUGAAAUGAAAUAUAUUUAAAAAAGAAAAGAAAAACGGCUUGAAAAAAAAUAGACAUUUCUAUGUAUUAUCAAAAUUGUAGUCGGAUCAUUUUCAUUUUGGUUUCAAUAUCAUUAUUAUCUCAUUGUGGUUAAUAACAUUUUUCUCUUGUGUACUUUUGUGUGUGUGUGUGUGUGGAUGUGUUUGUGUGUAAGUUUUUUUUGUCUUUGCUCUCUUAUAUUCCUAUAUUUAUCCCCCUCCCCCCAUUCUCUUUUUUCUAUUUUACCCUUCAGUUUUUUUUAAAAAAAAUUUACUCUUUUUAAUGUGUAGACGACACUUUGUGCACGAUAUAAUUCUCUCUUUUUUUCUAUUCAAAGAAAAUUGAAACAAUGAUAAUAGUUUUGUUCUCAAUUUAUUGAUUUUAUUGUUGUGAACAACUUGAUCUUGUGUGUUGUUACGAGUAUGAAAGCUGAUGUCACUUCCCUGUUGCUCAUACUGUGGUAGGGUAUUUCUUAAGGAACCUGAAAAGGAAUUCGGAUUAAUAUCGGUCUUAACGACUUGGGAGCGUGACUACGGAGUCAAAGGGACAACUGCUUGAGGCCGGUCGCUCACAGUCUUUUCGCGGGAGAUUUUUAAUGUGUUAGCUCCGUUCUUCAAAGGGCUUUACCGCCGGAGACAAAAAUCCGUGAGGUGUGACAUUCUUAGGGUCGACCUUUUCUAACCCCUUCCUCUCUUGUGAGAAGGCAGCAUCGCUGCAGUUGUUGGUUGUUCGAGGGAAACACCUUACUGUUGUCACAGCCCUGUACACUCAGCAGUACAACUUCGCCCUCAGACAUUGAGUUGCUGCUUUCAGUCUUACUACUCUCCAAUCGACCUGCCUGGCAUGGUAGAACCUACAGGUACACAUGUUCCAGCCAAUAUAGCUCGGUUGGGUCAUCACGAUAAACAAACCUGAACACUACGUCAAGGUAGCAGCUAUAGUCGGGAGAAAGGGAAGGACAAUUAUCAGUAGUAUUUAAAGGAACUAAUGGGAUAGUUAUAAACAAAAAAAAUUGGUUUCAGACGUUCGGCUUUUCAGUUUCUAAUUCUACAUAACCAAGUUAACCCGUUAGCAAUAUUACUUGACCCGUAGACCUAAAAGUGUUCCUCAAAGUUGUAUGUAUAAACAUGUACUUUGUAAAUGGGCUACAUUUUAAAUAUAUACAGUACCUGCAAUUAUAUGGUCAGUGUGUCUGCUAAGUCGAAUUCUAUCGAUCAUAUUACAAUGUGGUUAUUAGUAAAAACGAUUUAACUUCUCGUGAACUAUGUUUGGACAUUAGGUAUUGAAAGUAGUUAGUAGAGAACCUUGUAAAUCUAGGUUCUAUCGUAGUUGGCAUUCAUCAGUAAAUUUUAUCUACAAUAUUAAAGGAAUUGAUAUUCUUUAGUGAAUUCGAAUAUGACUUCGAGCAUCAGAGUCUGAAAUGUUAUCGAGCAACAACUAAUUCAUCACUGUAGGAGUUUUCAGAAAUCUCUACUCUUUCGUUUAUUGCAAGUUUAUUUUCAAUUUCAUUGACAAUUCUACAUUGUGGACAGUUGUGAAAACAUUUGUCAUGUUCUUGAGAAUCAGUUUUUUUAGAGAGCUUGAUCCUUCUUUAUACAUGAGGUUUAAAAGUAUUGUCCUUAGGUAGUUUCGGUUACUAAUCAUUGUUUAUUUAAGACCAUUGUGAUUCAUAGAUACGUAAAGUAGUGGUCACUCUACAACUUGGUCCUUCAGCACUGGGAAUACACGACAAUAAAGUAAACACUUGGAAUGUGUUAAAAUUCAGUCUUCCUUGAGAUUAGUAUAAACUACAACAUGAUUGCCGUAGGGCUUUGUAUUUUCCAAUUUUAAUCUUCAACAGGGUGCCGCAAAUGCAUGAUAAGUGAUCUCGAUUAGUGACUACAUUCAAGUUCAUAGUUGGUGAUUCAAAUGGUCUGAGCAGUCAGUAACAACGUAGAACUUCGUACGUACGUACAUCAGUUCGAGUUGCCACACCACCUUAGCACAGAGAUGCAGUUGUCGAUUCAAAUCCCGUAGUGGUAGAGGUAGUAAGAGUAUAAGCAGUAAUCGGGAAGAUUAGUGUUUGGAGAUGUUAUUUAAAGAGUAUAAUCCAGUGAAAUAAAUUUGAGAGGAGAAAAAAAAAGAGAUAAGGAGGAAUAAGGAGAUCAAAAUUUGGGAGAACACAAAGAGUAGAUGCACCUACGCCAUUGCAAACGAUUUUGAGCCAUGUCAUUCAGGGUCUCUAACCAUCGGUUGCUAUCAUCUCGCGGUCCCCAACCAGGUAGUUUACACCUACCGACAUGACUCAGUCCACUUGUCAGUGACUUCAUGGACUUGUGCCAUGUUUUGGUCUGGCCGCCUCUAGCUUUCUUCCAACCUACUCCUAUACCACUGAACAUAGCACGUCGAGGCAGUCGGUCGUUCGGCAUACGUAACACGUUUCCAAGCCAUCUCAACUGACGAAGUUUCACUACGUCAUCAAUUGAUUUGUCAUCCUUACCUAGUACCCGUUUCCUAACAACUGCAUUACUUACUCGAUGGUCCCACGAUAUACGAGCAAUAUUUCGAAGACACCUA